UAACAACUUCCGGGUCAACUUGUACAUGCGAGCAGUGACAGCAGCGGCGAUCAGUCAGCACACAGCUCAUGAUACUUUCUUGUUUUCAUAGUUAGCGUUUAGGCUUUCAGACUUUUUACACUUCGUGUUCGUCAUUUGGCGGCGAGUUUUAAUUGACCUAAAAUGGUGUUUUACUUCACAAGUGCCGUGGUGAAUCCUCCCUUCACAAUCUACAUGGGAAAAGACAAGUAUGAAAACGAGGAUCUUAUCAAGUACGGAUGGCCUGAAGACAUCUGGUUUCAUGUGGACAAACUGUCUUCGGCUCACGUUUACCUACGGUUGCCAAAGGGUCAUACCAUAGAUGAUAUUCCUCCAGAGGUGCUGAUAGACUGUGCACAGCUGGUGAAAAACAACAGCAUCCAAGGCUGUAAGAUGAACAACAUCAAUGUGGUUUACACACCGUGGGCCAAUCUGAAGAAAACGGGAGACAUGGACGUCGGACAAAUCGGCUUCCAUCGUCAGAAAGAGGUGAAGAUCGUGGCGGUGGAGAAGAAGAUCAACGAGAUCGUAAAUCGUCUGGAGAAAACAAAAGACGAACGAUAUCCUGACCUGGCAGCAGAGAAGGAAUCAAGAGACCGGGAGGAGAGGAACGAGAAGAAAGCUCAACUCCAGGAACAGAAGAAGAGAGAGAAGGAGGAGCAGAAGAGGAAAAAAGAGAUGGAGGAGCUCAGGAACUAUUCUUCAUUGAUGAAGGGUGAAAACAUGAAAACUAAUGAGGACGGCUACGAUUCAGACGACUUCAUGUAAGAGGUGAAAACGAGGAGGCAGCAAGCAGACAGGCGAUCUGCUGUGGGGACGCUCCCCUGCUGCUUUUGCUUGCUGUAACUCUGCACUGACACUGAAAAAAAAGAACAAACAAAAACAAAUGGAUACCUUUUGCUUUUGGACACUCAGAGCAGAACACGAGCCAGCGAGGGACGGCCCUGGGACUUGCGGUUCAGAAACUGCUUUCAGACCAAACCGAGCUGGCUGACCUCUUCAUCACAGGAGGACACUGUGGAUGAAGAAGCACAGGACAACAGGAAUAUUGAGGAUCAUUUUAGGGGGAGAAACACUCAGCAGAACAUUGUUUGACGGGGUUUUCACUGCCAUGUCGACUGAUGUUGAUAAAACUGGAGUCUGUGUGGGUGUGUUUGAUUUAAUUACUCAUUUAAACAGCAUUUUGUUGAGGCUGCCAACCCCCCCUGCUCCCUUUCUUUAUGUGUUCAUUUCUCUGCAUGUCAGAUUUUAUUGAGUACAAUUCUGUGUAUGAAUUACACUCACAAUCUGUUGUUAGUAAUUGAUGCUUGCACUGUGAAAUAUUCUGCUCAUGCAUUAAAAACAAUCUCAGUCUGUCAUUUAGUUAUUAUUUAGCAGAUUCAGAUGUGCCUGCAGUACCAAUAUAAUCUCCUGUCAUGACAUCAUGACAGUAGCUCCAGUUUAGACUUGCAGGUGUUAGGUCUGCAACUGCUGAUUAUUUUUGCUUGUUGAUUAAUCUGCAGAUUGUUAUCUCAAAUUAUUGAUAAGAUGUUUGGUCUAUAAAAUGUCAGAAAAUGG